AUGCCGCAUAACGAUCCGCUCCUCAUUGAUAUUGGAAUUGGUGAGUGCCAGGUCACAAAGGUUCUCGUCGACACCAGCAGUUCAGUCGACCUUAUCUUUCGAGACACGCUCGAUAAAAUGGGGGUCGGCCUACGCGACAUGAAGCCCUCUUCACGCACUCUCACGGGAUUCAACGGCUCCUCGGAACAGAUGAUUGGGAUGAUACGUCUCCCAGUUUACGCAGGUGACAUAACCCGCACCGUUAAGUUCUCUGUCGUCCGGGCUAGGGCACCUUACAACGCCAUCCUCGGUACACCCUGGUUACACUCCAUGAAGGCCAUUCCCUCCACUUAUCACCAGUGCAUUAAGUUUCCUGGGAAAGACGGAGCAACACAGACAAUCCGUGGGGACCAACAGGCGGCGAGAGACCUGCUUAUCGCCGCAGUCAAGUUACAACAGUAA